CAGCCAAUAAGAAGCCAGGAAUCUCCACCCGUCUCGGAUUUCAACCAAUCGGCGCCCAGAACUUUAGCUUGCUAGCGGCGUCCCUGUUGUCCGAGAAAGGAGGCAAGCCCCCUUAGAGUUGCCAGCAACGGACAUGGCCGCGGCCCCUGGAGGAGGGGACGUGAAGUGAGGAGGGGGCUGGGAGGGAAGAGGACGCGAGCAAGGAAGACAGCCCCCUGGGCCCCGGUGCUCACACUUGUCCUUGGUCCUGGCUUGGCCCCUUGGGGGUCCCGCGUCAGAUCGAAGCCUCCUGCCAACAAAGAACCCUGCCCCAGAUGCCGUGACUGUGACAGAGUCACUGGGCCUUGUACAUGCUGGGGAGGAGCCUUCCUUUUGGGGGUGAUCACAUUCAUCUGGGCAUGCCUGCAGUACUCUGGGCCCAUGGAUCUGAAGGAGAAGCACGUGGGCUCUGCCCCAACCUGCUGAGCCAUGUUGAGUACUGUUGGGCACCCUCUCUGUGGUUAGAGAAGAGCUCCCCAGUCAGACUCCAAACACAGCUGCGUAACCAGCUGGAGGGCGAGCCACCCUUGGCCCUGGGCCUGUCCACCCGGAAGGCCCUCAGCAUCCUGAAGGAGCAGCUCGAGGCGGUGCUGGAAGGACACCUGAAGGAACAGAAGAAAUGUCUCACGUGGAAGGAGAUGUGGAGAAGCAGCUUCCUGCACCACAGUAACCGCUGCUCCUGCUUCCACUGGCCGGGCGCCUCACUCAUGCUGCUGGCGGUGCUGCUGCUGCUGGGCUGCCACGGGGGCCAGCCGGCGGGCAGCCACGGGGCCGAGCUGGUGAGCGCCUCGGCGCUGUGCCUCCUGCUCCUUCUCAACCUCAUCCUCAUCGGGCGGCAAGAUCGGCUGAAGCGCAGGGAGGUAGAGCGGAGGCUCCGAGGGAUCAUUGACCAAAUCCAAGAUGCGCUCAGGGAUGGCAAGGAGAUCAAGUGGCCGGAUGCCAUGUACCCAGACCUCCACAUGCCCUUUGCACCAUCCUGGUCCCUGCACUGGGCGUACAGAGAUGGACAUCUGGUCAACCUGCCAGUUAGCCUGUUGGUGGAAGGAGACAUCAUAGCUCUGAGGCCCGGCCAGGAAUCGUUCGCCUCUCUGAGGGGGAUCAAGGAUGAUGAACACAUUGUCUUAGAGCCGGGAGACCUGUUUCCCCCUUUCUCUCCACCCCCUUCCCCCAGGGGAGAAGUGAAGAAAGGGCCACAGAACCCCCAGCAGCACAGACUCUUCCGUGUCCUUGAGACCCCUGUGAUUGACAACAUCAGGUGGUGCCUGGACAUGGCCCUGUCCCGCCCAGUCACUGCUCUGGACAACGAGCGGUUCACGGUGCAGUCGGUGAUGUUGCACUACGCUGUGCCUGUGGUCCUGGCCGGCUUCCUCAUCACCAAUGCCCUGCGCUUUAUGCUGAAUGCCCCUGGGGUCACGUCCUGGCAGUACACCCUCCUCCAGCUACAGGUGAACGGCGUCCUGCCCGUCCUCCCCCUGCUCUUUCCAGCCCUCUGGGUUCUGGCGACCGCCUGUGGAGAAGCCCGCGUCCUGGCUCAGAUGAGCAAGGCCUCUCCCAGCUCCUUGCUGGCCAAGUUCUCGGAGGACACUCUCAGCAGCUAUACAGAAGCCGUCUCCUCUCAGGAAAUGCUACGCUGCAUUUGGGGUCACUUCCUGCGGGUGAUCCAGGGGACGUCGCCGACGCUGAGCCAUAGUUCCAGCCUGUUGCACAGCUUGGGCUCUGUCACGGUCCUAUGCUGUGUGGACAAACAGGGGAUCCUGUCGUGGCCAAACCCCAGCCCGGAGACCGUGUUGUUCUUCAGUGGGAAGGUGGAGCCCCCACACAGCAGCCACGAGGACCUAACAGAUGACCUGUCCACCCGCUCCUUCUGCCACCCCGAGGUAGAGGAGGAGCCCCACGAACGAGAUGCCCUCCUGGCUGGCUCCCUGAACACUUCCCUGCACCUUUCCAAUGAGCAGGAACGCGGUGACUGGCCCGGUGACGGUCCCAAGCCCCCUGAAUUCUACUCUCACCACAAAGCACACGGCCGCAGCAAACACCCAUCCGGCUCCAAUGUGAGCUUCAGCAGGGACACAGAGGGUGGUGAAGAAGAGCCUGGCAAGGCCCAGCCCGGGCUGGAGGGCGAGCCGUACGAAGCGGAGGACUUUGUGUGUGACUACCACCUGGAGAUGCUGAGCCUGUCACAGGACCAGCAGAACCCCUCCUGCAUCCAGUUCGAUGACUCCAACUGGCAGCUGCACCUUACCUCCCUGAAGCCCCUGGGUCUCAACGUGCUGCUGAACUUGUGUAACGCCAGCGUCACGGAGCGGCUGUGCCGGUUCUCAGACCACCUGUGCAACAUCGCCCUGCAGGAGAGCCACAGCGCCGUCCUGCCCGUGCACGUACCCUGGGGCCUCUGCGAGCUGGCCCGCCUCAUAGGCUUCACUCCUGGGGCCAAGGAGCUCUUCAAACAGGAAAACCACCUUGCACUCUACCGCCUCCCCAGUGCCGAGAUGGUGAAGGAAACCUCGCUGGGAAGGCUCUCCUGUGUCACCAAGCGGCGCCCCCCCCUCAGCCACAUGAUCAGCCUCUUCAUCAAGGACACCACCACCAGUACAGAACAGAUGCUGUCCCAUGGCACGGCGGACGUGGUCUUAGAGGCCUGCACAGACUUCUGGGACGGGGCCGACAUCUACCCUCUUUCGGGUUCUGACAGAAAGAAAGUGCUGGAUUUCUACCAGCGAGCCUGCUUGUCUGGCUACUGCUCUGCCUUUGCCUACAAGCCCAUGAGCUGCGCCCUGUCCUCUCAACUCAACGGCAAGUGCAUUGAGCUGGUGCAGGCGCCUGGCCAAAGCAGCAUCUUCACCAUGUGCGAGCUGCCCAGCACUGUCCCCAUCAAGCUCAGCACCCGCCGCAACAGCUGGAGCUCUGACGAAGGGAUCGGGGAGGUGCUGGAGAAGGAAGACUGUAUGCAGGCCCUGAGCGGCCAGAUCUUCAUGGGCAUGGUGUCCUCCCAGUACCAGGCCCGGCUGGACAUCGUGCGCCUCAUCGACGGGCUGGUCAAUGCCUGCAUCCGCUUCGUCUACUUCUCUUUGGAGGAUGAGCUCAAAAGCAAGGUGUUUGCAGAAAAGAUGGGCCUGGAGACAGGUUGGAACUGCCACAUCUCUCUCACGCCCAAUGGGGACAUGCCUGGCUCUGAGAUCCCCCCCUCCAGCCCUAGCCAUGCUGGCUCCCUGCAUGAUGACCUGAAUCAGGUGUCCCGAGACGAUGCAGAAGGGCUCCUUCUGAUGGAGGAGGAGGGUCACUCUGACCUCAUUAGCUUCCAGCCGACAGACAGUGACCUCCCCAGCUUCCUGGAGGACUGCAACCGGGCCAAGCUGCCCCGAGGCAUCCACCAGGUGCGUCCCCACCUGCAGAACAUUGACAACGUGCCCCUGCUAGUGCCCCUGUUCACCGACUGUACCCCCGAGAAGCCUCACACAGGGCUCCGCCUACCUGACUCUUGUGCCCCCCGACUGCACCCCACCCCAGCCAUGUGUGAGAUGAUCAAGAUCAUGCAGGAAUAUGGGGAGGUGACCUGCUGCCUGGGCAGCUCUGCCAACCUCAGGAACAGUUGCCUUUUCCUCCAGAGCGACAUCAGCAUCGCCCUGGAUCCCCUGUACCCGUCCCGCUGCUCCUGGGAGACCUUUGGCUACGCCACCAGCACCAGCAUGGCCCAGGCCUCGGAUGGCCUUUCUCCCCUGCAGCUCUCAGGGCAGCUCAACAGCCUGCCCUGCUCCCUGACAUUUCGCCAGGAAGAGACCAUCAGCAUCAUCCGGCUCAUUGAGCAGGCUCGGCACGCCACCUACGGCAUUCGCAAGUGCUUCCUCUUCCUGCUGCAAUGCCAGUUGACUCUGGUGGUCAUCCAGUUCCUGUCUUGUCUGGUUCAGCUGCCACCGCUGCUGAGUACCACUGACAUCCUGUGGCUGUCCUGCUUUUGCUACCCUCUGCUCAGCAUCUCUCUGCUGGGAAAGCCCCCGCAUAGCUCCAUCAUGUCUAUGGCCACGGGGAAGAACCUUCAGUCCAUUCCUAAGAAGACCCAGCACUACUUCCUGCUCUGCUUCUUGCUCAAAUUCAGCCUCACCGUCAGCUCGUGCCUCAUCUGCUUUGGCUUCACGCUGCAGAGCUUCUGUGACAGCUCCCAGGCCCGCAACCUCACCAACUGCUCCUCCAUCAUGCUGCGCAGUCACGCCGACACAGCUCCAGCCUGGUUUGACGACUUUGCCAACGGGCUGCUGACGGCCCAGAAGCUCACGGCGGCCCUGACCGUCCUGCACACGGUCUUCAUUUCUAUCACCCACGUGCAUCGCACCAAGCCCCUGUGGAGAAAGAGCCCCUUGACAAACCUCUGGUGGGCCGUGACGGUGCCCGUGGUCCUGCUGGGGCAGGUGGGCCAGACGGCAGUGGACCUACAGCUGUGGACGCACAGGGACAGCCGUGUCCACUUUGGCCUGGAGGACGUGCCUCUGCUGACAUGGCUCCUGGGCUGCCUCUCCCUGGUCCUUGUGGUGGUCACCAACGAGAUCGUGAAGCUGCAUGAGAUUCGGGUCCGGGUUCGCUACCAGAAGCGACAGAAACUGCAGUUUGAAACGAAGCUGGGCAUGAACUCCCCCUUCUGAGCCAUUGGCCACAGUGCCCAUAGUUGCCCUGGUCCUGGGGCUAAAGCCAGACCAGUUUCUGAGUCUGGGGAGUUGGUAUCGCGAAGGUUUCAGGGUUUCCUCUUGCGCCCCAUGGCACUGGAGGCCCAGGUCUGUGUCAGACCCAGCUGUCAUCCUGCCCCCUCCCCGGGGCUUAACCGUGGAGGAGCUGGUGAGCCAUGGCCUCGGCAUCAGGCCAGUCUGGUCUUGAAUGUAUGACCUAGUGCACUUAGUAGAGGGGCCCUUAGCCCCCUCCACCUGUGGGCUGCCCCCCUCUUUAGGGGCUCUUAACCCAGGGCCCUCUGCUCUGGGGUCUCUGGGCAGAGCCGUGAACUGUGGGGCCAGGACCUCAGGGGUAGCAGCCGUGGGAGGUCCAGACAGGCCACUGUCAAAGGCAGCGGUGGUGGUGUAUCCUCCCUGCACCCCAGCCUGUCUUCCUGGGGCAGGAGCCUGGAUGUGGUUGAGUGUUUCCCCUCCCUCCUUCUACGGGGGAGCCUCACGCUCAGACCUGAAGAUGAAGAGCCCGCCCCCCCCCGCCCCCACCCCCGCCUGGCCCUGGCCCCUCUUCCUGUGCUGCCUUCAAGCUGGCCUCGAGCGUCAGUCUUGGGGAUGUGGCCCAGGGCUCCUUUUAGCCCCCUGCCGUAGUUCUCGUGUGAGAAUGUUUUUACUGGUGUAUAUUUUUUACUGGAAAUGAGCCUUUUAGGAAUGAAUGUAGACUGGUUUGUAUUAAAACUUGUAAAUUGCCUAAGAAAAAUCUGUGGCUGGUCCAUGAGGCAGCCACUAAGGGGCCCACCCAAGACUUUGGCUGGUGAGGGAGCCCCGAAAGCGAGGGGGGGGCCCGAGCCUUCCUCCUUCCACACUGGCAAGAGCCCUCAGGUCUGGCUCAGGUGAGAACCCUGGGCUCGGAGGUCCACGGCACAGAUCCAAACACACAGCCCGAUCACAUGGAAUGACACUUUCAUUGGUGUUAGUUGGGAGAAGAGGUUAAUGGUUACAGAGCCAGGGCCUGGGCCAACCAGAUCAGGCUUCCGGCCCCGAGGUGGGCAGUGGGCACUCUUGCUGUGGUUCGAAGCCCCUUCCCUUGUGUCCUCUCAGGUGGUUAUAGAUAGAAUAAAUUCCAUUUAAAAUA